AUGAAUAUUCCGUGGAUUGAAAAAUAUCGACCAAGUACAUUGGAUGAAAUAGUGGGAAAUAAAGCAGUUAUGGAUGUUUUUAAAAUAUUAGCAAAGGAAGAAAGCAUGCCGCACUUAAUCAUAACAGGUCCACCAGGUAUAGGAAAAACCACUGUGGCAGGUGCACUGCUGAAUUAUGUGUUUAAAGAGAAACAAAGCAUAAGAAAAGAGUGCGUAAUGGAAUUAAAUGCCUCAGAUGAAAGGGGUGUUGAUGUAGUGCGUAUGAAAAUAAAAGGAUUCUUGCAGAAGAAGCUUUCUCAUGAUAGAUUUCUAAUACUGGACGAGUCAGAUUCAAUGACCACACAGGCGCAGCAGUCCAUGAGAAGACUUUUAGAGAAAUACGAGUCAGCCAAGUUCAUUUUUAUAUGUAAUGACGUGUCUAAGAUAUCUGAUACAAUACAAAGCAGAUGUGCUAUUUUACGACUCUCAGCACUCUCCACAGCAGAUGUAUCUGAAAUAAUUACAAGAACCGCAGAGAAAGAGAAUCUUACGAUAAGUGACAGUGCAAUAUCAAUUAUAGCAGAAACCUCAGAAGGAGAUGCAAGGCAGGGAUUAAACCUUCUACAGACACUUGCAGCAAUUUCAAAAGUAGUAAACAUAGAAAUGGUUCAAAGAAUGAGUCAUGUCCCACCCAUAGAAACAAUUGACAGAAUAUUUUCAAAGAGUACCCAGGAGAAAGAAGCCCUUUCUUUACUAGAUGCUCUUUUUGAGGAUGGGUAUUCAUCAGAAGAUAUUUCUAAAAUGAUAUUCAAACUGGGUAAGGACAGAGGAGAAAUACUUUUACUUGAAAAGGCGUCAUCCCUUCUAAUGAAACUGUCAGAUUCCAUUUCUAAAGUGCAUUUCUAUUCUAUUCUAAUAGAGUACAAGAAUAUGCAAGAAUGAUCCAGUAGUAGAUAAUGUUCAUAUACUCUGCGAUAAUUACACUACGCAUAGAAAUAAGCAUCAAAUAUAACGUAAAUAACGGAUAAAUUACCAGAAUAAUAAUAAAAUAUGUUAAUAACGGAAU